AUGGGAUCAAUAUCCAUCGAUCUCACAGACGCUGUCAACGAGAAUGAUAUGGCCAAAUGUAAUCAUUUCUCCAUACGUGGAUACGUAGCUGAGGCAUUUGAGAAUGAUAUGACACAAUGCUGGCCGUUCUCGAAGAAGAGUUAUAGGUUGAUGGAGCAAGGAAUCUAUCCUCUUCCUCCUUUGUCUGUUCCAAAUGAUAGACGGCAUGAUUGCACGAGCUGCAUCAGAGAUAUUCUUGCUGGUAGGCCAAAAGAUCCUGAACUGCGUUCAUACCCAAGAAAUAGAAGCCGGAAAAGCGUCCCUAGAAGAUCUUCCCCUGGUCCAAGCAAUAGGAAUGCUCUAGCUGUCGUUGCAGGUAACGCUGUUGAGCAGAAUGAGAAUCAAAACCCUGAAAGAUCUCAACAAGCAACUGCUGAGGAGAAUGAAAUUGUAAUCUGCGCUAGAAGGUCUUCCCCUAGUCCAAGCAAAUUGAAUGCUCUAGCUGUCGUUGCAGGUAACGCUGUAGAAGAGGAUGCGAAUGUAAACAGUGGAAGAUCUCAGCAAUAUGAUCUUACUACUGUCGAAGAGAAUGAGAAUGUAAUCUGCGCUAGAAGUUCUUCCCCUAGUUCAAGCAAAAUGAAUGCUCUAGCUGUCGUUGCAGGUAACGCUGUAGAGGAGGAUGAGAAAGACGAUCACACAAAUGUCGAGGAGACUCCGAAUGUGAACUGUGAAAAACAGCAGAAAGAUGAUCGUACUCGUACAGCUUCAACGUCUCUCAAGAGAGUUCGUCCUUCUCAUACCGUUAGGAACAAGAGCAAAAAGCUCGAGAUCCGGGAGCCGGCAGGCAACGAGAGAUCUAAAGCAAAAGCAAACAAAGCACCAAAGGAUGUUAGCCGCCGGAAAGACAAACAAAUUAUGGUUGAGGAGGCUGUGUCAUCUGAGAUAGCUGGUGUGGCUGAGGACACACCGCCUGCGGCAACCAAGAAACGUAAAGGCGAUAAUGUGCCAUCGGAGAGUAUAGAUCCUGACAUGAGUGAGCCGCAGCCUAAGAAAGCUCGCAAGUCUCGUCUGAUGAGCGAUUUGGUUGGUGGAGCCAAGAGAAAAGCCAGUGCUGGUCGUAAGCCGGUUAGAGGUAGAAAGGGAAAGAUGCUCCCUCAAGCCAGCCGGAAACUGAGCUGUGGCAGCGAGUCAACUGAGAGUGGGUCUGAAAGGGAUCCCAUCAAAGGCAAGCAAAGAAACAAGAAGUUUCAAGUGGUUGACGUGAGCGACACAGAUCACGGUGAUAGUAGUUUUCUAUCGGUUCCUUGUCCUCCGAGUAAGAAGAGAACAAAGAGGAAGCAGAUUGUAGCCAAGAGGAAUAGUAACAAGGUGGUAGCUGAUAAAGCGAAGAGUACCGGAACGGAUGAAGGAACUUUGGUUAAACCGCGAACCGGUCCUUCCACAAACGCAAUUUCUCAACCUACUCUAGAUUUAUCAAAUGAGGUUGACGACCGUUUGGCGGAGAAUGAUCAUGGUUCCUCUUCUAAAUCCAACACUGGUGAAGUGAGAACUGGACUGGAUCUUGUUGACCUCAACAGCAACAAUACUGAAGCUGCGGAUCGUUCUUGUGUGCUGCAAAAGGAUGAUGCUUCUGUUGCAAAGAGAAAGGGGAAGGGAAUUAUGGUCGAAGAACAUCAAGAAGCACCAAGAAGCCAAAGCCAAGAUACAGAUGAGAGUACGGAGGAAGAGAUAGAGAUCGCCCAGCUCAUUUUAGCCUUGGACAAAGAAGAAGUCGUUGUUAUCAAAGAGCCAACACAAGAAACGACUCCGCCUAAACCUCUACUCAUUGAUCUCAACGAGACCUACGUUGAGAACGGCGUCUUGGUGGUGGAGGAUGACGACGACAACAGCUGCACACCAAGUCAGCCGGAACCUGUUGAAAGCAAUGUAAGGCAGGAAGAAGAACCUUUCCAGAUCGGAAACACACCGCCUGACUUCUUCGCAUAUCAUGCACCUUCUCCAGCUGGGAACCUUCCUCCUCCUCCUCCGACCCAAGAAUACCGAGCAAGCUCCAGCUACGGCUACGGCUACGGACCCACCCGUUUAUCUGGUCACAACUCCCAGUGGCCAUAUCCAUCACCGUUCCAAGCAUUCGGCGGUUUCGAUGCCAGACAGAGCGCUCCACAUCAAUACCAAGAAGCAGCUGCUCUUCUUGUUUGGCGAUCUUCCAUGAUACCACCACAUGAUCAUCAUCACAGGCCAUUCUCUUACAAUAUGGAUCAGUCAACGAAUCAUCAUGGUAUGUUUUCACAAGCAUCAUCCAGCAGUCGAAACCCAUGGAGCCUCAACUCUGUUGCCUCCAACGGGAUGCAGAAAUGCGGUUCUCAUUAUCCGGAAUACUCAUUUGGCUACAACCAUGGUGCUGCUGGAUUUAAUGGUGGUAGAUCGGUGGACCCUUUUAACCAGAAUUCUAUGCCAACGUUGCCUCUGUAUAGCCGUAUAGAUCCUCGGCUGGGGCUUGACAUUCCGACUGACCGCCAGGUGAACGCGAACUUCACCAAGAGGCACUUCCCUCCACCGGUGAACCAGCAUCAGCAACGUAUGGAUCUUCAAAGAGGUGACUCAAGCAAGAAACCCUACUUCGGCAACAGACUGGAGACUUCCCGCUCCGUCUUUCAACAGCCUUCUUCGUUGUCAUUCCAAGCCAAGAGGAACGACACAACUGCGCCGUCCGUGUUCCCCACCAUCACUGAAGACGGGCGAUUCCUGCCGCCUGGAGCGUCGAACUCAACGAGGCUCCCGGUGAAAAGUCAGGUAGUAGGAGAGAGAGAGAAGAAGCUGACGGGGAAAUCAAUAGUCUUGAGCGAUGUCGACGCUGCUAUGAGGAACAGUGCUGGAAAGAUUGUGUGCACCGUAAACAAGAACCCGGCUGAUUUCACCACUGUUGAACCUGGGAAUGGUUACAUGUUAACCGGUGAACACUUGGCACCGAGUGAAGAGCUUUUGGAACCAAAAAGCCCAACCUACAAGAGAAGACGAGCAAGCUCGAGUAAGCAGGAAGCGUUGAAGCAGAGUAAGAAGCCAGCUGGUCCAUCUACAGAUAAUACUUCCGAAAGGAGAGAUUUGUCCAGAGGAAGAGGGACAGAAAGAGAGACCAGAAGAGAAGAAUAG